UGCUCGAGUUGCGGGAGGUCAUGUCGGAGGCGAUAAGGCCUAGGAUCUUCUCCUCAACGGAUGAGCAGUCCUGGUUCCGGGAGACUGAGAUCUACAACACAGUGUUGCUCAGACACGACAACAACCUAGGCUUUAUCGCCUCCGACAUGACCUCCCGCAACUCGAGAACGCAGCUGUGGCUCAUCACGCACUACCAGGAGCACGGCUCGCUUCUGCAGAGGCAGACGCUGGAGCCCUAGCUGGCCUUGAGGCUAGCGGUGUCCGCGGCCUGCGGCCUGGCUCACCUGCACGUGGAGAUCUUCGGCACGCAGGGCAAGCCAGCCAUCGCCCACCUCAAGAGCCACCUGCAGUGCUGCGACCUGGGCCUGGCUGUGAUGCACUCCCAGGGUAGCGAUUACCUGGACAUCGGCAACAACCCACAAGUGGGCACCAAGCGGUACAUGGCCCCGAAGGUGCUGGAAGAGCAGAUCCGUACCGACUGCUUUGAGUCCUACAAGUGGACUGACAUCUGGGCCUUUGGCCUCUUGCUGUGGGAGAUUGCCCGCCGGACCACUGUCAAUGGCAUCAUGGAGGACUACAGGCCACCCUUCUAUGAUGUGGUGCCCAAUGAUCCCAGCUUCGAGGACAUGAAGAAGGUGGUGUGUGUUGACCAGCAGACUCCCACCAUCCCCAACCAACUGGCUGCAGACCCGGUCCUCUCAGGCCUGCCUCAGAUGAUGCGGGAGUGCUGGCACCCCAACCCCUCCGCCCGCCUCACCGUGCUGCGGAUCAAGAAAACCCUACAGAAACUCAGCAACGGUCUCCAGAAGCCCAAAGUGAUUCACUAGCCAUGGGCCUGAUGCUGCCUCCCCUCCUGCAGUGUGUGCGGGGUGGGUGGUGGAUGGUGGCCUGUCUGGGUAGAGGUUGUAUGACUGUGUGUACUGGGGAGGAGGGUGCCCCUCUGUGGGCAGCUGUGUCUGCCCAGCUCGGCCCCCAGCCCAUCCAGCCAAAAAUACAGCUGGGCUGAAACUUGA